AUGGGCUUAGCUAACGUCAGUCCACCAUGCUGUGCGUUGAUUGCGUCAAGUCUGUGGGAGUAGCGUUCUUCGAAGCGGAUUCCCAACAAUGCGGUCCUCACGAUAAAUCUGAGCAUUCCCUCACACUCAUCCUCACUUCUCCCGUUCGUGGGGCCCCUUGCGGUGCUUCUUGCGUGGGCCUGCCUGUACACCAGACCGCCGACCCUCUCGUUCGUCCUCCACGCCAUGGCUCCAGCAUCUCGAGGCCCGUACACGCAAGGCGCGGUCGUGGGCCAAGAAGGACCGGCCAUCGUCUCGUCAGAUGCAGUACCGCAAGGAAGAUUAGACAACGUUCCAAGUCCACCGAAGAAGGAGGGCAAGGUAUCCGCAAAGGGCAGCUUUGCUGGCAUAGUCAGCGGGGCAACAAAGAUGGCUGUCGGUCACCCAUUUGAUACGAUCAAAGUGAGGCUGCAAUGUACGCCUUACGGCACAUACAGAGGCCCUUUGGAUUGUUUCCUACAGCUGGCUCGCAAAGAGGGCCUUCGAGCGCUCUACAAAGGUGCCACACCACCUCUUGUCGGGUGGGGAAUAUCCGAUGCGGUUUUGAUGGGAACGCUUCACAAUCUGAGGUUGGCAUUGCAGAGGGCGACGGACACUGGCGAAGGGACUGGAAAGAGGCUGCCUCCUUGGGGACACGCUGCUGCUGGUUUAGGCGCUGGUUGGGUCAACUCGUUCCUUACAACGCCAAUCGAGCUGCUUAAAGCCAAGCUACAGAUGCAGUCACAGCGGAUCAGUGCGGCUUCAAAGGCUAGCGAACACGUCGCAAAAGUUCACGGCUUCACGGGGCCGAUCGAUUGUGCGAGGCAAGUCAUUCGAGCACAAGGCCUGAUGGGAUUAUGGGGCACUUUGCCGGCCACUCUGAUGUUCAGAAGCAACUUUGCGGUCAUGUUCUGCAGCUAUGACUUCUUCCAAAGGACCUUCGAAUCGUGGAACGGCACCAAGUGGGAAAUAGGCUCGGGUACAGCGACAUUCAUCAGUGGAGGGCUAGCAGCAGAGUGUUUCUGGCUGACUGCGUUUCCUGCUGACGUCAUCAAGAAUCGCAUGAUGGCCGACUCUCUUGAAAAUCCAAAAUUCCCAACCAUACGUUCGGCCUUUGUCAGCGUAUGGAGCCACGCUGGUCCCAAUGCCCCGCUCUACUUGCGGAUACGAACAUUCUACACUGGUUUCGUUCCUUGCCUGCUGAGGGCAUUCCCUACCAACGCUUCUGCUCUGCUGGCAUUUGAGGCAACCAUGUCUCUGCUGGGAGCCGAGAAGACUACUACUCAAUAGACGAGUCUGCACUCGCUGCUCGAUCUACACAGCUUCAGAUGCACUCAAUGCCUGCUAUGAUUCGAGUCACCGCGUAAUGAUCACCCCCACCACUUGCCCU